AUGCAAUUAGGAAUUAAUGGUUUCGGACGCAUCGGCCGAGUGAUAUUAAGAGCCUGUUUACAGAAACCGGAUCUUGAGGUAGAGAAGCGUAUUAAAAUAUUUCAUGAGAAAGUACCCGCAAAUAUACCAUGGCAGACUGCAGGUGUGCAUUAUGUAAUAGAAGCUUCUGGAAUGUUUACCACAUUGGAGAAAGCAUCGGGUCAUCUAGCAAGUGAAAGUGUGAGAAGAGUAAUACUUACAGCGCCUAGUGUCGAUGUUUUUAUGCUAAUACUCGGCGUCAAUGAUGAUAAGCUAGAACAUUCUGCUCCUAUAGUGAAGGUGCUAGAAGACUCGUUUGGAUUGGCCGAAGGAUUUGUCACCAGUAUCCACGCUAUGACGCCUUCGCUCAAACCGCUUGAUGGACUCUGCUUAAGAGGAAAGCAUUGGCGAGAUCAUAGGAGUAUCCAUCAAAACAUAAUACCCGCGAUGACUGGUGCCUGCAAGGCUCUCGGUAAGAUUAUACCUAAAGUGAAAGACAAGUUGGGCGGGCUCGCGUUUAGAGUUCCCAUUGUCAAUGUCUCUGUAUUGGAUAUAACUAUACGAUUAAACUCGAAUACAACAUUGCAAGAAAUAAUUAAAAAAGUAGAAAACGCUAGUAAGACAGAUCUAAAAGGCAUUAUAAGAAUAUCAAUUGAUAACGCUGUAUCGUCAGAUUUUAUAGGAGAAACCCAUUCCUGUAUAUUAGAUGCAGAUUCUAGCUUACAGCUGAAGACCAAUUUCUUUAAACUUAUAUGUUGGUACGAGAAUGAAUAUUCGUAUGCAUGCAGAGUCAUAGACACUAUUGUCUUCAUCGAGAAUUUAUCGCGUACAGUACACUAUAUACCGAACGCUGUUACGAAAAAAGGUAGUAAACAGCACACUGAUUGCAGUCGAAAAGAAAUAUCGAGCAGCAUAUCGCAAGAUACUGGUUUAAAAUUUAAUAGUUCGAGAAACAUUGUUUUAAAGAAACCAUUAUCACCACAGCUCUCUAACAAAACACAAACUUCACUUACAAAGAGAAAUGAGUUCUUUAAAAUAUGGAACGAAGAGAGAAUGCUAUUAAAACCAGAUGUACGACAGAAUAGAAAUAGUUUUUUUCAUAGUUGUAUAUCAAUAACACCAAAAAAUAUAGAACAAAUGGACUCUGUGAAAGCAAAAGAUAGAUUAGAGAUGCUUAAAAAAGAAUUCUCAAAGAUGGUAAAUGUAACAGAAAGUCUUCUUAAAAAAUCUAAUGUAGAGACUUUUCAUUCAAAAACUGAAUAUAAAAAAGAAAAAGAUUUGUCUGAAAAUAAUAUAAAAUUAGAUAACGGCCGUGAAAUAUUAUCAGAUUGUAGUAAUCUAACUCAAAAUAUGGGUGAUUGUAAAUCCGAUGGCAGUCCCAUAAAUGACAGCAGGAACUGUGCAAUAUUUGAUGUCGUUACGCAAAUUAAUAAAGAAGGUAAUAAGGACAAAACAAAGACAUGCGAUGAUAUAAAAGUAGCAAAAACUACUCCACUGGUCAAUGAAAAUAAGAGUUUUGAGAAACAAGAGCCGAUUGAAAAUCAAAUGAAUUCGUUGAAAAGGAAACUUUUAAAAACGGAUGCAUUAAUAACAAUCCAAGAUACUUCGCUGGUUAAUAAAAAUGAAGGAAAUGACAAAGUAAUAAAAAGUAUAAGAAUAAAAAAAGAAGAACGUGAUGAAAAAAUACAACAUGCAAAUACCAGUGAUAAAGAAUUUAAGUCAGUCAUUAAAACAAAUAGUUCGGUGCAAAUUUCAAAAAAGUUAAUAAGCGAACUAAAUAAUACUUGUAAAUUGUACGGUAACAUAAAAAAAUCAACAAGUAAAUCACAUUUGUCUGUUGAACAAGACUGCAAUGAGCUAAAAUGCUGUGAGAAAAAAGUCGUAGACUUAAAUUUUAAUAAGAGUAUUGAUAAUAAAUUUUUACCCCGUGAUAAUGAAGAUAUAAUGAAAUCAUUGUCCAUACCUGAUCGAAUAUCCCCUGAGCGUUAUUCUAUUGUUUCUGAUCGCACAUCUAAAUGUGGAAGUCCAGGCAAUAGGAGUUUAACAAUAAGCAAUGUGGAAACGUAUAGUCGAAAAGAAGAUAUAUAUGAUAAACUCGACAGCGUUAGUGGAACGGACUCGAAUAAUUCAUUUCAGAUACAUGAAAGGAAAUCACAAGUACUAGAUCUUAGUGAUUUAACGACAUCUUUGGAAGAUAUUGGACGGCUCGAUAAGAUAUGCAAAAUUAUUGAAAUAUCCGAUGAGCUAUCUAACAAAUUGUUCGCAGCGUUAGACAGCACUGAUGAAAUUCAAAUAACUAAGAAAAAGUGGUCAUUUAAAGAUUUAUGUGAAAAGAUUAAGUUGGAUGACUUUUGUGAUACUGUUUUCGGUAAAUCGUCAAUUUGA